CGCGCUGGCGAAGAGCGACUCGAAUCUGCUUUGUUGGAACCAUCGAUGCUGUGACUUUCUGGGAGAGAGCUGCCAACUGCAAAGCCCCUGCGGGGAGUCACUACGAUGCCGUGGGGAUAACAAAACACGGCUAACUCUGUUUAAGUUGGCAGUUAGCGUCGGUUUCGCCGUGCGGACGCUUCAGACGACAGAAGUCUGGACCUCCUGUAUAUAAACAAAACGCAACGAGCUGUUUUUUAAGGUGGCACGUCAAAAACAGCUGCGAGGGGCAGACUUUUUUUUCCGACUCUCGUUGGUCAACUUGGUUCACUUCUGUUUGGCCUCGCCGUGCAAAAAAUGGAAGUCGUCGGACGGUUUUGUUAGGAGGUCAACUCCAAGACGUAUCCGCGCGAACAUGAGAGGAGAGGACAGUUUGUUUGUGGGAAGCCAGCCUUUGGCGAGUGAAAGAGGGGGUGAACAUCCCUGCAGCUGCCCCCACUUGACGGAGGAGAAAGGACUUUCUAACAAGAAGGGUGACCAGGGGUCCCCCGGUCAGCAGUCCAGGUCUUAGUAGAAGAAAAAACCUGCACUUUCAAUAUGGAGACGGUGGGGAAAUUUGAGUUUAGUCGGAAGGAUCUCAUAGGACAUGGCGCAUUUGCUGUCGUCUUCAAAGGCAGACAUCGAGAGAAACAUGACUGGGAGGUGGCAGUCAAAUGUAUAAACAAGAAGAACCUGGCCAAAUCUCAGACCCUAUUGGGGAAAGAGAUCAAAAUAUUGAAGGAACUCAAACAUGACAACAUUGUUGCAUUACUGGACUUUCAGGAAACUGCCAGCUCGGUGUACCUGGUAAUGGAGUACUGUAAUGGUGGCGAUCUUGCUGAGUACCUACACUCCAAAGGCACUCUGAGUGAGGACACCAUCCGGGUUUUCCUGCAGCAGAUAACGGGGGCCAUGAGGGUCCUACAGACCAAAGCCAUCAUCCACAGAGACCUGAAACCCCAGAACAUUCUGCUCUCCAACCCACCAGGGCGCAAGUCCCACUGUAACAACACCUGCAUCAAGAUUGGACGCAGUAAACCUAUUAAAAGAGAAGCUCCUGAAGUAAUUAUGUCCCAGAACUACGAUGCCAAGGCUGACCUUUGGAGUAUAGGAACCAUAGUGUUUCAGUGCUUGACUGGGAAAGCUCCCUUUCAGGCCAGCAGUCCUCAGGACCUCCGGCUCUUUUAUGAGAAAAACAAGAACCUGAGUCCCAACAUCCCCAGAGAGACGUCACAGCAUCUGAGGCACCUGCUGCUGGGUCUGCUGCAGCGUAACCACAAGGACCGCAUGGACUUUGAUGAGUUUUUUUGUCACCCUUUCCUGGAAGCGAGCUCAUCCAUUAAAAAGACCACUCCUGCGGUGACCAUGACCUGUUUGCCCAGCUCUGCAUCAGCCAGCUCUUGCAGCAGCUCCUCAACCUCUCACCUCGCUUCGCCACCACAGUCUCUUGCAGAGACUCAUCACCUGCGAGCCAAAGCUCUGACCUCCCCGACCCAGGAGGCCGCUUGUUUUCUCCUCAAGGACUCGUCUGGAGGAGGUGGUAGCAGCAAGAACUCCUCGUCCUGUGACACGGAUGACUUUGUCAUAGUGCCGGCUCACUUCACCACAGGUGAGCUGACAUGUGAGAGUAAAGUGCUGCAGGACAGCCUGAUGAACAGCGGAUCCCUUUUGGCUUCAGCUGGUCUUUGCAGCCAAGACAAAACACCACCCCACUCACCGACCUACAGCGGGUCUCCGAGUCCCGUCAGGCCCAGUGAGCUCCGGGGAAGUACUUCUUGUGGUAACUAUGGCAACCACGGCCGGUCAUUGCCUAUCCCAGUCCCCUCUCAGGUCCAGAAUUACCAACGUAUGGAGCAGAACCUUCAUUCUAUCAAACAGGACAGUUCACCACGGCCGUCCACAGCGGUGCGCCGUUGCAGCAGUGGCAGUGUGCUUGGCUUUGCCAGACCCGGACCCUCACCCCCCUAUGGGCAGGUACCUGCCCCCACCUCCCGCAGGCUCUCCCUGGGAGGUGCCAGACCAUUCCAGCUCUCACCUCAAGCUCUGCACACUGAACUGAGACCGACUACUCAGCAACUGCCACAGCCUGCAGGACUUGGCACACGGCUCCACAGUGCCCCCUGUCUGUUGGAGUGUGGAGGUGGUGGUGGUGGCAGGCACAAAAUCAGGAAGCAGCACUCUGACCCAGUGGGUGCCCCCUCAACAGGGCUGAUGACUGUCCGCCCCCCACACUCUUCCCCCAGGCUUAGUGAGCUUAUACAGCGUAACCCCCUUCCCACCAUACUGGGCUCCCCCUCCAGGACCAUUCCUCCCUUUGAAUUCCCUAAGCCCCCAAGCUCUCCCAAUCUUAUGACUUUCCUGACACAGACGGGUUUGGUCAUUGGCUCGCCGUGCAGCAGGACUGCUCCUGGAGAGCUCAGGGACCUCGGACAGCAUGUGCCCACACCUGCCACCCACACUGCCCAAUGCAUCCACAGACUAAAUGAUGAAACGAAAACCUUUGGAAGGUCACAUAGUGCUGGUCGUCUGUCUGACAUGCUGCUGAUGGCUGCUUUUGGGACCGGGGGGCAUGCAAGUGAUCGAGGCAGCACAGAGAACAUGGCAUCUGAAAAAGCCAUAGACAUAACAGGACCCCCAGUCGGUGGGGGAGGCUUUGCACCUGGCUCCACUAGCCCAGCACAGGUGGUUUUCACUGUCGGGUCUCCACCAAGUGGCAGCACUCCUCCUCAAACCUCCAGACAAAGAAAGUGCUCAGGCUCGUUCAGUUCAGUCAGCCCUGCAGGCUCCUUCAUCAGCCGCUACCCCCAGACGGGCACCUAUGUGGAUGGCUUUGAGGCCCCCCCAAGUCCUCGUUACAGUUUCUCUGAUCCAAUCACAGCCAACAUGGGCGGUCUUGUAACCUUUGAAGCCCCUGAACUGCCAGAGGAGACUCUGAUGGAGCAGGAGCACACAGAUACAGUGCAGCGGCUGCGGUUCACUCUGGAGUUCACCUACUGUCUCAUGGAGGUGGCUGCAGCCCGGGGUGCUAUGGUGGCAGAGGGGGACAUUUCUCAUCUCUCCCUCCUUCAGCAGCAAACCGUGGUAGCCGAUCAGAUUAGCUCCCUGAGCCGAGAGUGGAGUCACGCUGAACAGCUGGUCCUGUACCUUAAGAGUGCAGAACUAUUGGCUACUGCCUUACAAACAGCCAUGGAGCGAAUUAAGCGGGGCAAACUCUACCCAUCUGCUACCGUCAAACAAGUGGUGAGGCGGCUGAAUGAACUGUACAAGUCCAGUGUGGCAUCCUGCCGCUCACUUAAUACACAGCUGGAGAAAUUCUUCAGCAGGAAGCACCGUCUUAUGGACCAAAUCACCUCCAUCACAGCUGAGCGGCUGCUCUUCAGCCACACUGUGCAGAUGGUUCAGGCUGCUGCACUGGAUGAGAUGUUCCACCAGGGGGAAGCGUCGGUCCUGCGUUACCACAAAGCUCUCUUGCUGAUGGAGGGCCUGUCUCUGCUGCUCACUGAGAAGGAUGACAUCCUCAGUGUUAGCAAAUGUAAGGAGUGCAUCGAACGCCGCCUCACAGCUUUGCAGUCAGGGCUCUGUGUUUGAGGGUGUCAGCCUCAGUUUAUAGAGUGCAGACACGAUAUCAGUCAUUUGCACCCAGUGCAUUACUAACUAACCAAAUCUCCAACCGCAUCUCAUGGUUUCAGGCUGGAAACGCUUUCGUUUUUGCAAGAAAACCGUGACUCUCAGGUCAAGACUGAAACUUGAGGGUUUUGUGUUCUGAAAAUCUUUCAGUUCAUAAGUUAUGGACUGUAGCACUGACUUCAUUAUUUUAUUUGUAACCAGUGUUUGACUUCAAGAGGACUUUGCUCCUGAUACUCAAAAAAGCCAAGAAGAGGAUUUUCCCCCCACUACUGAAGGCGUAACAGAAGCAGGAGCAGUUAUUGCCAAGUAGUCGCAUUCCUACAUCGUUGUUACCUGAACAUGAAUACAAAGCUUUUUUAAAAUGCCAAAUGUUCAUGCGAUCUAUUUAGACCACAUUUAAUCUCUGACCAACAUCAGAGGGUUUUCCAUCAGAGUGCAGGCUUCAGAGGUUGUCAUCACAUGCGUGUGAAUUACACCUUGUUCGUUUUCAUGGGGUUUUCUUAUCCAGGUUUUAUCAAGUUUCCUUGCUUACUGACAGAAACGUAUAGCAACACUACAGUUAAUGACCAGAAAUGCUACAAAACUGUUGCCAAAACACCCUUAGAAAAAAUAUGUUUUUGUGUUUUAAUGUGGAUUCACUGCAUGUUAAUACGCUGUCUAUGAAAAAAAAGAAAAAAACUGUGUGACACUUUAAUGAUUCUAUACUUGCUUAAUAUCCAAAAACUGUGUCCUGUCAUUAGCACCAUGUGGAAGGGAUUCAUUUAAUCUGGCCUAUUUUCUUUUCUUAAAUAAAGUGGUUGUAAACGGGGCAAAAAAAAGGGUCCAAAGAACUCCUAAAGCACCCGCUGCAACUUGAAAUGUAAACAGUAGCUUUUCAUUCCAGUGGGAUUGAAAGUAGUCGGUCAGUAUCUUCCACUCACGAUUACUUCAAAAACAAAAUGCUGCAAUAUCAUAAGAUGUAUUCUUUCAGCGCACGUAACUUUCUGUGCUGCUGUUGCUGGUCAUUUUCAAUCAUGAUUCUAUUUCCUGUCUUUUAUGUGUUAUCUAUCAAUCAUGUUGGUGUUUAGCAAGUAUAAUCAAAUAUGAAUGUAGGGCCGUCGGGAGAGAAGCCACGUUGCUAUUCGAUUAACAUUUAGGCUGAUCCGAGGGCUGAGGUCUGAAUGUUUUUGCACUGUUUAAGUACUGUACAGAGAGAGUCAAUCACGCUUAACUUUCUUUUUUUUUGUGGCUGUGUUAUUUUUAGAGAGUUGACUCGCUUUUAGCACAGUUUUAGUUGUGUUCCCUGUUAAAAAGUUAUUUGAUGUGAGCAUUGACAAGGAGGUGGUAUAUAAGCUAUGAAACCUUUGGAGGUUUUCUGGAAGGAGAAAUAAGAAAAGAUUAUGUAUUUACUGGAAGAAAAAAAAAAAGAUGUUUGCAUUGUUUUGUGCUUUAUCUCAGAGUAGUUGGAUGGCUGUUGUUUGCUUUUGAAAAGUCACAUCUUACUUGGGAGUGCUAGUUGAAAAUGUGCAUUUUUACCUGAAUUAUUUGUGUUGUUGAUGUUUACCUUAGCCUUACGCCUGCCUCCUCCCAAAAGGAGACUUCAUAACUCCUCUUGUUUAUUGGACCAAUUGGAAAUCCAAACAGCUUCUUUAGUUGCUCUCACAUACUUUGUAUGCAUGGUUGGAUGUGUAAUUCGAUGUUGUUUGAAUUGUUAAUGGGCAGUGGGAUGUGUUCACCACAGAACCAGCUCUGUAGCUUUAGUAAGUAGGAUACCACUUUUACUUACAAAGCUGAAACGUUGUCAGGAGAUCUCGUGCUUUUCUGGUGUAAGCCACUUCCACCCUUCCUGUCUUUUAACUAACUCCUUCAGUUAACUUUUUGUUUUUUAACUUGAUGAUGUUAAAUAAGUGCAUCUUUUAUAGUUAUAGGCUGAGGGUGAUGUAGUGAUGAGCCCAUAGAGUGGCUUUCAGUUGAACAGAUUGCAGAGAAGAGUUAUUAAAGUAGAUAGUGUAUUUACUUUGCUGCCUUUUAAUCUUUUGUCUGGAAAAACAAUUCCACGUCUGUGAGUGUACAUUCCAUAUAUCAGUCUCUGACUAUACGAGCGUCGUGUCUUAUAUGAAGCAGGUGGCUGAAAAACUGAUGGAUGUGUUACUUUUUAUUUUUCCAUGCAAUCAUUGCUUCCUGACGCUAGGGCCAUGAGGGACAGGGUGAGCGUAUCGCCCGUUCAACGUAUCACAUACACAUAAACAGAAACAAAUGUAAUCGUCAUGAAUAUUUGGUCAUAACAGCAGUUCAUCACCCUCUGAUUUGCGGUGUUAAUGUUUUUUUAAUUGUUUUGCAAGAAGAUACUAAGAUCUUUUCACUUUACAUUUUCACCUGACUAAUUCCGCGUUGUCUGUCCAUAUUGAACAUUAAGUUAUUGUUAUUGUAUAUACAAAGCUUCAGGCAUGAAGAGAACGGUACACACCACCUGUACAUUUCCAAAGACAAGGCUCUGUGCUUGACCUUCCCUUUUGCUCCUCCUGUUGCAAAAAAGCAGUUUAACGUUGACAUAUCCAGAACAGACGCACUAUCCCAGUGUUCCUGUGUGUGAUGUAACCUUUACUGUUUGGGAGCUGAAUUAUGAAUAAAGUAAGAAGGAAAGAUCAUUUGGCUCAAUAAGUUAUCAAUUUCUUCUGCUGACAUGUUGUCUUCCUCGAAGUAAAAGUUUAAUUGAUCUACUUCAUCAUUAACCUUUCUAAACACGACAUUCACAAGGAAGGAUCCAGGAAGCGCUUAACACCUGAUUUCCUUGUUUGUUUACUGUAACUCACCACCCGGUUGUAAAAAGGUUAGAAUAAGAUGACAUAAAGUACAGCAAUGAAGUUUUUUUCAAA